AUGGCGGCCCCCCGCUUCGCGGCCCUGACCGCCGCCGUGCUGCUCUCCUGCGGCGCCCUCCUCACCGCCUUCGUGGCCGCGCCGGCCGCCCGCCCCGCCGCGGUGUCCCCCGCGGCGCUGGGCGGCGCGGCGCUGGCGGCGCCCCUGGCGGCGCACGCGGAGGGCGACGGCGUCUGGAUCCCGGCCCUCUCGGCCGUCGGCGCCGGCUUCGCCAUCGGGCUGGCGGCCAUCGGCUCCGGGGUCGGCCAGGGCAUCGCGUCGGGGCGGUGCAUCGACGGCAUCAGCCGCCAGCCCGAGGUGGCGGACGACUUGCGCGGGGUGCUCCUGCUGUCCCUCGCGUUCAUGGAGUCGCUGACGAUCUACGGGCUCGUGAUCGCGCUGGUGCUGCUGUUCGCGAACCCGCUCAUCAAGUGA